CAUUCUACAAAAAUAAGACUUGAUACCACCACAGAUUCAUCUAGCCAUAAAUUACUUAGGCACUGUAUCGUGGAUAUGAUUAAUGUGCAUGAACCCCAUUUAAUUGGCUGCCAUCUACUGCUGAUAAUAUGCUAAGACCUGGGAAUUUCCUUCGUAUACACGUCUGUAUGAGAGAAAUCAGUGGGAUAUCUUACAUCUUGUCAUGUAAUGGUGGAAUCUUAAACUCCAAACUUUGUAUAAUUUCCCUGAAAUUACCGCUCAACUUUCCCCCCACCUCCUUCCUCUAUCUCCACGACUAUUAAGGUGCUGGAAAGCAACGUUUUGAGAUUCUUGAUUCAUGCAAGUUAUCUUUGUUCUUUUUCUGACUCUUAUAUUUUGUUUUCCCUCGUUUAUCUGAUCUUUAAUAUUGCCUCAUGGCAGAUGUUUUAGUAGCACAAUCUAAGGGGACUUUUAAAAAAAUGGUGGAUUAUGUAGUAUACGCAAUGAAUUAAGGGGACUCUUAUCAACGAAUUAAGGAUCUGAAUUUGAGCUGAGUAACCUUUUACAUAGUCUCGUUCAUUUUUUUUUGAUAUGCAGAUGGUUAGUUGAUUUUGUAGUAUGUUUUACAAUUUUUAGUUUCCUUCUAGUGAUCAUGGACUGGUUUUUGCACUAUGAAUUGGUUGACGGUAUUAAUAUGAAUUUUAUACUUUUAUCACUUGCCAGUGAUUCAUAUAAUGGUCUUGGAUGGUGGUGACGACUUGUCAAGGUGGCUUUUUUUAAAGCCUUGUUGUCCUAGAAUGACGAAGAAGUAGAAGCCUCAGAAAUUGAACUUGUUUGGACCUUUUGAGUGUUUUCUAGACUUAUAUUUUUUUGUUAAUUCUAAUAUUUAGACAAUUGGACAUGUAAGUUAGAUAACUAUAAUAUUGCUCUUAUGUUAAUUAUGGUAUAACAUUUAUAUUUUAUUCUGUGCACAGGUAUGUAUGUAUGAGUGUGUGUGUGUGUAUAUAUAUAGUUAUUUAUUUAUUUAUUUAUUGAACCGUGGUUGAACCGGUCCGACCUGUUGAACCUCGACCCUUUCACUUCACCGGUUCAAUUAACGGUCCGGGUUUUAAAACAUCGCUACUAACAGUAUAUUCUUGAUCAGAAUACCAUGAUGUAAAGCAAUUAAUAUCUUAUUAUCUUAAGAGUAGUGUAGUAUAGUAUGUUAAACAUGGAUGGAUUGUAAGUCAACGUAGCUGACCCUAGAUUGUCUUAGUCCCCAAAGUUGGUCCCCAAAGUCAUUUAUUGCACAGUGUAGACGACAUGCUUCGUUUUUAAUUCUUUGCAAAAUAGGUUUAAUUUUUAAGUUGUUGCAAAACAGGCUUUGGUGGGUUAAAGUAGAAGACCUGUCGGGUAGACGGGCCGGAUCCGGAUGGGCUAUAAUAUGACGGGUCUGGGUCCGGAAUGAUGAAUUCUGACCCAGAUCCGACCUGUUGAUUAGCCUAAACAUAGGUAUAAAGUGUAUUUUAAUAAAAAAAUUUAAUUAAAUGUGUAAUUAGGUUGAAAAGAUCCACAGGGGAUGAAAUUAUAUUUAAAAAAUGUAAAAUUGUAAAGAGAUUAAGUUACUUGUUGAAAAGAUAAUAAAGUCAAAAUACAGGGAUUUAGUUGCAAAAUAGAUAUCAUUGUCAAACCCUAUAAUCCUCAUCCCUCAGUCAGGUCCGGCCACCCCAUUCACAGAAUCAAAACAGAGCACCUCUUCUCCUAUUAACUAACAAAGCCACUCUUCCUCUUCCUCUUCUUCUUAGAUGCCAUCGUUACAAAAUCUCCUCCUCUGCCAUUGAAAGAGAAUCAAUAGCCUGUACUUAUUAAGCGAAAAUAAGAAAAUUCAAGACAGCACAGAAUUUCUAGGAGACUGCUGCGACUGAUAAGAAAAGCAUGGCCACAGCGACGAUGACGAUUUUCACGUAGACAUCAGCUUCGCUGAAGCUUCUCGAGCGCUCUGAGUAUUAGCAGAAAGGCUGAGAAAAGGCAAAACUCAAGCUACAUUGUUUUAUUGCCUUUGCAAUGGAGGAGCCUUCCUUUUUCGACAAAAUGAUGCUUAAUCUCCGUGCAACUUGCAGGUAUUAUACUGGAUAUCCAAAGGAUCUUGGGCCAUCAAGGGUUAUUCGUUUUACUUCAGAGCGGGAGUUUGUCCAGCUUCUUCAUCAAGGUUACCCUGUGGUUGUUGCAUUUACCAUCAAAUGUAACCUUACAAAGCAUCUUGACAAAGUUCUUGAGGAAGCAGCAGUCAACUUCUAUCCUCAUGUAAAAUUUUUGCGUGUUGAGUGCCCAAAGUAUCCUGGUUUUUGUAUAUCUCGCCAGAAGACGGAAUAUCCAUUUAUUGAGAUAUUUCAUAGUCCUGAACAAGCAAUUAAUCAUGGAAGGGUUGCUGAUCCAAAUAUUACAAAAUACUCUGUGCAAGUUUUACCUUUCAACUAUGAUGUCAGCACCUAUGGUUUCAGAGAAUUUUUCAAGCGCCAUAGCAUACAUCAUUCUGGUCCUAGGUGAAACUUUACUGAGUUCAGCUUUUUCCAAGCGCCAUGGCAUACAGCAUUCUGGUCCUAGGUGAAACUUUACUGGUUCAGCUUUAUGUAUAUACUCCAACUGCAGUAGGAUAUGGCUUCUGAACUUGGAACUCUUCUGGCGUUUAAUUUUUCUGGGGAAGAAUUUGGAGUGUACUUGAUUUGCUAAGGAUAUAUAAGUCCUGAAUUUGGCUUUCAGAUGGUUUAAGUACUUGACAAACAUCAAUCCAGUACGUAAAGCACUGCUUCUUUGUUACCCCAAUGUUUUAGUUGCAAAACCAGGAAGUACAAGAGGACGAGGUGCUCUUCCUUCAUGUAGGAUUUAAUGUUUUAGCCGCUGGAAAUUUUGAAUCUUUCACGCGUUUUGAGAAUUUAAUCUUUGCUUUUGAUU